UGAGGAGUAGUUUAUGUCCCGUUACUAGGCAGCCAUAACGUCUCUCUGGUUCUUCCGUUAAAACAAACCUCUUCUCCAGCAUGGCUUCAUCAAGUGACAUUCGAGAAAAAGUGCGGAAGAAAAGACGAGCUUUACAGGAGAGUUUGAAACACAAGCACGAGGACGACCUUCAGGCUCUGGUUCCAUCUUCCAACCUGAGGGAGGACAAUCUGGAGACCACCAUGAAGGAGCCUCAGGUCAGCGAGGAGGAUCCAGGAGAGACCCUGAAACGAGCGCUCAGAGCUCAGAGACAGAGACGCAGGAGAAAGCUGCUUGAGCAGACAUCCCCCCGUGGUGAUGAUGAUGAUGAUGAAGGUGUGGAGGAGAUCCCGAGCGUUCAGCCCCACAGUGAAGACGAGGGAUCUGCUGACAGAGCAUCUGACUCUGUGGUCUCAUCGAGACCUCCGACUGGCUCUCAGAGAAGUGUCUCCUCUAGAGCGCAGCAGACUGCAGGCUCUCAGCUGCUGGAAAGCUCUGUGACGCGGCGCCUGCAGGAGAAGCUCAGAGCAGCCAGGUCCAGAGGGGAGAGCCUCCAGGAGAGCGAGGCCUCUGUGGAGCUCAGCCGCCUGCAGACCCUCAGAGACAGAGACACCAGGACCAGGUUCGACAGGGAGGUGGAUCCUGAUGGAUCUGAGAGGCCCGACGACCCUCUGGCUCUCAGCUCCAGGGUGAAGUUCAGAGAAGCUUCCAGACGAACAGAGAACGGACUACCCACCGCUGAGGAGGCGUACAACUUCUUCACACUCACAUUCGAGCCAGACCCACGAGACGGGAACAAAGAAAAACCAAGAGCAUCUGAAGAGCAGGAGGAAGAGGAGCAGGAGGAAGAGGAGCAGGAGGGAGAGGAGGGAGAUCCGGAGGGGAAUGAAGACCAGAAUGAAGACGCUCCUCUGGUGAGAGACGGAGAUUUAUUCGUCAUUGAACAAUCCACUCAGGACUUCCUGGAGACGAAGGGAGCCGAGUAUCUCCGCUACGGACAACGAGUCGCGCAAGAGAGCAAGGUCCUCUUCACGCCCAGCUUCACCUCAGUGGCGGCCCACAUCAAACUCCCCGACAACAUGAAGCCUCGGUACGUGGAGGACGAGGGUCUGUACGUGGGGGAGAGACCGCCUGUGUCUCUGAGCAACGAGAACAUUCUGGAGAACAGGAUCCUGCAAAUGGAGGAGGGUAAAAAGUGGUUCGGAGACGACGGCAGGAUUGUGGCUCUGCCUAACCCCAUCAAGGAGUCCUCCACCAGACCCCCCCUCUUCCACAUGGAGGAGGACCUGGACCCUGCUCUGCACACUGUGUACAGGAAGCCGCUGAAGUCUAAGUAUGCGACUCUGUACCUGUCGGGGGCCGCGGACCCUGAGGGCGACUACCAGCUGGAUGUGGAUGUUUCCGGGCUCAUCUUCUCCCACCACCCCCUCUUCAGCCGGGAACAUGUGCUGGGUUCCCGCCUGGCUCAGCUGUACGACCAGUACCUGAGCAGGCAGCGCAACAACCUCUCUGCACACCUCACUGACAAGCUGAACGGACUCAGGAACGCUCUGAGGAAUAUUCUGGAGGUCCACGGAGGAGAGAGUCUGACUCCGGCCAUGCAGCGGCGGAUCUCUGAGUACAGUCUGGAGGUCAGGAGCACCAGGCAGCUGCGGGACGGCGAGCAGGAGAAGGACCGGGUUCUGCUGAGGAACAUCGUCCGGGUCUGGAAGGAGCUGAAGACCCUCAGAGACUUCCAGAAGUUCACCAACACGCCGUACAAACUCUCCCUCAGGAGGGAGAGCGUGGACCGGGCCUCAGACGAGCAUCAGUGUGAGGGAGAGAUCCUGGCUGAGCUGGUGGAGCUGGAGGCGGAGAUGGAGGAGGAUUACCAGAGGAAGCUGGCCGAGUACAAGAAGCAUCUGGAGGAGUGGAAGAUCUGGAGGAGGAAGCAGAAAGCCAAGAAGAAGAGGAGGAAGAAGAAGAAGAAAGACCAGACGCAGGAUGAAACAGAAGAGGAAGAUGAAGACGUGGAGGUGAGCGAAUCAGAGGGGCCUGCUGAGGAAGGGCCCCCCAAACCGGAGCCUCCAGAGAAACCAGACGUUGUCUCCAUAGAGCAGCUGGUCAGAGAGAAAGCCUCCAGGAUCCGCAGGAAACCUGGAGAACCGGUCCUGAUCCCAGAGCUGUCGGCGUCCGGAAACAUCACGGCCAGCGAAGUCUGCAAGAGGGCUGAAGUGUCUCGCAGGGAGGACGUGGCAAAGCGCUCUCUCUUCAUAAAGAUCCUCUACAACAACAAAGAAGUCUCCAGAACCGACAGCCGCUCCCUCAACGGAGACUUCAGAGUCCACUUCGGACAGAUCUUCAACCUGAAGAUAGUCAACUGUCCGCAGAGCCUCAACCUGCAGGUGUUUGAGGAGGUGGGCUUCUCCUCCUCCUCCUGCUGCCUCCUGGCUCAGGUGUUUGUCCCGGUGCCUGAACCCUCGGUGGGGAGCAGCAGCGUUCCUGUGGAGGAGUUUGAGUUCAGCAGCAACCAGAGAGUCAUGUUCGACCACGAGGGCGUAGGGAGUGACGUCCCCCUCUCCUUCGAGGCUGACGGCAGUAAGAAGCAGACGCUGCUGACCUCGGGGAAACUGUCCUGCUGCGUCUCCUGGGGGGUCGGAGAGGACGGAGCAGCCCUCGCCCCCCCGCUGUCCCUGCACCCUGCUGCCAAACACAGUGGUCUGGGUCGACUCGAUGCCGUCACGUAUAUCGGUGCUUCUGGACUGUAUGACAUGAAAAAGAUUGGAGAGUGGGCCACUCAGUCCCGCCUGGACCCCAACGACCCCAAGAACGCCUCCAUCAUGCAGCUGCUCAAAGUGGCCAGCAGUGGAGAGGUGACGGCUCCGGAGUAUUUCCGUCUGGAGCAGCUGCAGGAGGAGUUUAACUUUGUGACGGAGGAGGAGCUGGAGGCGUCCAAAAGGUUCCGUCUGCUCGCGCUCAGGAACCAGGAAGUGGCCGAGUUCAGGAACUACAAGUUCGUCCCGUCUCUGGAGAGGGAAGUCACGGAUAGGAUGUUCCAGGACUAUGAGAGGAAGCUGAAGGAAGGAGAGCUGGUGGACACUAAAGAGCAUCUGGACUCUCACAGAGCCUUAGUGGCCAAGUACCUGCAGAAGAUCAGAGAGUCGGUCAUCAACAGGUUCCUGACGGCCAAGCAUCACUUCCUGCUGUCGGACCUGGUGAUCGAGGAGGAGAUCCCCAGCAUCGGGAUCCUGGGGAUGAACCUGUUUAAGCUGGCCGAGCCCAAGCGUCCCCUGAAGCCUCAGAGGAAGGAGAGGAAGAAGGUGACGGCUCAGAAUCUGUCCGACGGAGACAUCAAGCUGCUGGUCAACAUCCUGCGGGCAUACGACAUCCCCAUCCGCAGACCCAUCACCAGUCAACCUGGACCCGCGUCUCAGGGAGCCAUGCAGGGCAGUGAUUGGCUCCACAGCCAGGUUCAGGUGAGGCCCUUUGUGGAGGUCUCCUUCCAGCGCUCAGUGCUUCAGACCACCACGGCUGAGGGGCCGAACCCCUGCUGGAACGAGGAGCUGCAGCUGCCCUUCAGCGCUCCUAACGGCGACUACAGCGCCGCUGCGUUACAGUCGGUGAAGGACGAGGUCUUCAUCAACAUCUUCGAUGAGGUGGUUUAUGAAACCGGAGGGACUGACAGAGACAGAGGGAAGUCCAUCCACACCCGCAUGGAGAAGCACUGGCUGGGGUCCGUGAAGAUCCCUUUCAGCACCAUCUACUCCCAGAGCAGGAUUGACGGGACUCUGAAGGUGAAUACUCCCGCGGUGUUGCUAGGCUACAGUAAGGAGCGCAGCGCUAACGGAGGCUACGAGGCUCUGAGGAGCGUCAGUGAAGGAGCCUUCAUCACACUCUUCAUCACCAUCCAGCCCCAGCUGGUGCCUGGUGAGACGGUCAGAGAGAAGAUUAAGGAAAGGAAGUUCGACAGUCAGGAGGACGAGGGUCUGCUGGCGGCGGCGGAGCGCUUCGAGCGGGAAGCGUCUCAGAGUUUCCCCGAGCGGCCGUGCGUCUCUUCUGUCGUCGACCUCAACGGGAAGACGGUGUUCAUCACGAGAUACAUCCGAGCCCUGAACCCCCCCCAGGAGCUGCUGGACGCCUGCAGCAACCAGCAGGAGGCCGCGGCUCUGGUCUCUCGGUUCGUCUCCCUCAUCCCGUCUCUCCCCGACAGAGUCUCUUUCUCUGGAGCCUGCGACCUCUGGAGCACCUGUGAUCAGUUCCUGACUCUGUUAGCAGGUGACGAAGAGGAGCAUGCUGUCCUGCUGUGUAACUACUUCCUGUCGAUGGGAAAGAAGGCGUGGCUUAUCAUCGGCACGGCGAUACCUGAGGGCCCCUCAGCGUACGUCCUGACUCUGGAGCAGAGCCGCUUCCUGAUCUGGAACCCCAGCAGCGCUCAGUUCUACGGUCAGUACGACACCUUCUGUCCUCUGAAGACCAUCGGCUGCAUCGUCAACGCUGACAACGUGUGGUUCAACAUCCAGGAGUACAGCUCUCCCAUGACGCUGAGCUUCGACCUCUCUAAAGCCAACCUGUGGAAGCCCUUCUUCUCCAGAAGCUUCUCUAACCCCGGCCUCUCCAGUGUGCAGCCGGAGCAGCUUCUCUAUCGUCGGGCAGAUCGAGCUGCAGCUGCUGAGCUUCAGGACCGAUUUCGGGCUUCCCUCUGCACCUCCCCUUCUCGGAGGUGCGUCCCAUCGUGGAGGCGGUGUUCAGCACAGGGGUCCACAACGUGCACGCUCCUAACGUGGAGUUCGCCCUGGCGGUGUACGUGCACCCGUACCCCAACAACGUGCUCUCCGUGUGGGUCUACCUGGCCUCGCUCGUACGCACCUGACCUGCACAGCGGCUUUAUUAUUCAAUGUUUUUAUAUAAUGUGUUAUACAGUUCAAUAAAUCUCUUCUUCCUGAAAUGAUGCUCUGUAGUGUUUCAUGCCCACUGAGGGUCUCCAUCCUCCACUAGGGGGCGCCAACGCUUCACAGGGAGGUUUCUGACUGUUGGCCCACAUGUUGGCAUUUCUGUCUUUAUGUAAA